AUGUUCGUCGCACCGAUGAAGUGGUUGCUUCUUCAAAAUCGAAAAACGGCUGUUGAUAAUGAUGAUAAAGCCAAUCUAACCGACGAUUCUAUAUUGGAAAUCUUCGAGGAUUUGGCGGUCUAUCCUGAUAGCAACGUGAUUCUCAUACGAAGGUUUCAUGGCGAUUUUCUCGAAUUGUUAUCUGUAUAUCGACCGAGUCCACAGCGAGGGGUGAUAUGGGAAAAUCGUGGAAAUUGGACGAUCGAAAACGGUUUGCGAAUGAAGACUUUCGACGUGGCUUCGGCACGAAGAAAAAAUCUUCAACGGACAGCACUUAAAUCUUGUCUCGUGAUGACGGAACCCAAUACAAUCAAUCAUCUGACUGACUUCAAGGAUAAAUCCAUAGAUCCUGUAACAAAGGCUAAUUAUCCCUGGAUAAUUCAUUUAGUGAAUCGGAUGAAUGCAACGGUAAGUUUCGAAAUUACAAAUAGCUGGGGAUAUCGCGCCGAAAAUGGCUCUUGGAGCGGAAUGAUCGGAAUGUUGGAUCGACGCGAGAUUGAUAUCGGCGGCACCGCCACAUUUCUCGUACCAGAACGUAUCGGUGUUGUACAAUAUAUCCAACUGUACACACACACUUGCUCGCGCUUCGUAUUUCGGCGACCUUUACUGUCGACUGUGAGUAACAUAUUCAUCCUGCCCUUUCAACGAAACGUAUGGAUAGCGAUUGCCGUGUUUCUCAUCCUGGUCUUCUGUUUGCUUUACUUAUCCAUCAAAUGGGAAUAUUAUCGCGACAGAAUGACAGACUCAGCGGCCUAUUGGAAUCAGUUAAAUCCCAACAAACCAACGGUCAGCGAUAAUCUUCUUAUUCUUCUAGGCGCAUUUGCCCAACAAGGAUAUUCGUACGAACCGUACAGAGUCGCAUCUCGAAUCGUCACUCUUAUGUUAUUGCUAGCCUCAUUAAGUCUCUAUGCAGCUUAUACAGCGAACAUCGUGGGUCUGCUGCAAUCUACUACGGAUUCUAUUAAAACUCUUUCGGAUUUGCUGAACAGUCCUUUGAAGUUAGGUGUGCAGGACGUCGUGUACAAUCGACAUUAUUUCAAGUCUUUCCAAGAUCCCGUUAGGAAAGCAAUCUUGGAGCAGCGAAUUGAGCCGAAAGGACGCAAAUCUAGUUGGAUGUCCAUAGAAGAAGGUGUGCAACGCGUAAGAAAUGAACUCUUUGCAUUCCAAGGCGAGAUUGGUACGAUGUAUCAACUGAUGCAAGAUACGUAUUUGGAGGAAGAGAAGUGCGGCUUGACUGAGAUCGAUUUCCUAAAAGUGUUGUAUCCACUCCUCGCGAUACAAAAACAAUCUCCUUAUUUAGAAAUAAUAAAAACUGGGAUUGACUCUACUCUUUUCUUUUUCUCAGAUGACACGAUUAGAUUAUCGAGGGAAAUGUCGAGCCGUCGUUUGAUGCACGGCAUUCGUAACUCCGCCGAAGAUCUCGAUCAGAGAAUUUACAACAAUUUGGAACAUCAGAACCUGUACGCGUUGGACCUGAACUGCGAUUACGCCAUCAGAAUUUUACGACAGGCGCAUUCAAAGAGGAUGUUCGUCGCCCCGAUGAAAUGGCUGCUUCUUCAGGAUCGAAGAACGAUAAUCAAUAACGAUGAUAACGUAACUUCCACGUAUGAUGACUCAGUGCUGGAGGUCUUCGGGAAUCUAGCUGUCUAUCCUGACAGUGAUGUAGUCCUCGCGCGAAGAUUCGACGGUGAUUUUCUUCAUUUGACGUCUGUGUAUCGACCAAGCCCACAACGAGGAGUGAUAUGGGAAAAUCGCGGGAAUUGGACGAUGAAAAACGGUCUACAGAUGAGAACUUUUGAUGUGGCUUCAGCACGAAGAAGAAAUCUUCAACAGACAGCUCUUAAAUCCUCGAUCGUGAUGACAAAUCCUGACACAAUCAAUCAUUUGACUGAUUAUAAAUAUAGUACCAUAGAUCCAAUCACGAAGGCUAAUUAUAUUUGGAUACUAUAUUUAGUAAGCCGAAUGAAUGCAACAAUAAGUUUUGAGGUUGCGGACACUUGGGGAUAUCGCGACAAAAAUGGCUCUUGGAACGGGAUAGUUCAGAUGUUGGAUCGACGCGAAAUCGAUAUCGGCACUGCUAUGUAUCUGGUGACAGAACGUAUCCCCGUAGUGGAAUAUAUUCAAUUAUAUACACACUCUCGUUUGUGUUUCAUAUUUCGAAAACCUUUAUUGUCGACCGUGAAAAAUAUCUUCGCCUUGCCAUUUCAACGGAAUGUCUGGAUAGCAAUCGCCGUAUUUCUUGUUCUCGUCUUUUGCUUGUUAUACAUAUCUACAACAUGGGAGUAUUAUCAAGAUGUUUCAACAAAAUCGGCAGCCUACUGGAGCCAAUUGAAUGCCGCACCGACAGUCACCGAGAAUCUUCUCAUCCUUAUAGGCGCAUUUGCGCAACAAGGAUAUUCAUAUGAGCCACACAGGGUCCCGUCUCGAAUCGUCACUCUCAUGUUACUACUCGCCUCACUAAGCCUCUACGCCUCUUACACAGCGAAUAUUGUAGCCCUUUUGCAAUCCACCACGGAUUCAAUCAGAACUCUUUCCGAUCUCUUGUACAGUCCGCUAAAGCUCGGAGUACAAGAUGUACAAUACAACCGACAUUAUUUCAAGGCGCUUCAAGAUCCUAUUAGAAAAGCGAUUCUAGAAGAAAAAAUCGAGCCGAAAGGGCAGAAAUCUAACUGGUUGUCUCUGGAGGAAGGAGUGCGCCGCAUAAGAAAUGAAUCCUUCGGCUUUCACGGCGCGGCAAGUCCUAUAUAUCAAGUCAUACAGCGUACAUUUCAGGAAGAAGAAAAGUGCGGUCUAUCUGAAAUUGAUUACAUAAAUGCGAUAUAUCCGCUUCUCGUGAUACAGAAACAAUCGCCUUAUUUAGAGAUAAUAAAAAAUGGAGCUUUGAAAUUACGAGAAUACGGAUUGAAGUAUCGCGACGAGUAUCGUCUGUAUAUAAAAAAGCCAGUGUGCUCGAGUCAGACUAGCUUCAUCACCAUUGGUUUCACAGAAUGUUACUUUGCGAUAGUCGCAAUGGGUUACGGAGCAUUACUUAGCGUUAUCGUGUUUAUACUCGAGUUGCUGUGGCACAAAAGGUAA